AUGGCGGCUCUUCAAGCUUCCCUUUCGUCCAUCUCCAACCCGUCUCUCGCUCUCCAACACAAUUUCGUCUCACAAGCCGUCACCAACCAGCCUUCCGCCGUAAACAUCUCGCCACGUCGUCUCACCCGCGCCGCUGCCAGCUCAGCAUCCCGCGACGAUGACGUCGACUCGCAGCUGGACCGCCGGAGCGUCCUGCUGUCAAUGGCUGCCGUGGCGCUUUCUCCCAUGGUACCCGUUAGUGAAGCGUCCGCUAUAACGGUUCCGAAGCAGGUCGGGGCGUUCCUGCCGAAAUCUGAGGAUGGCGAGUUUGUCGUGUUCACUCCGGGAAUGAAGGACACGCCUGCUCUUAGAGCAGGCAACGUGUCCCCUUACACGUUCAACAUCCCGCCCACGUGGACCCAGUCACGCAUCGCCAACAUCCUCUCGGGCAACUACUGCCAGCCCAAAUGCGCGGAGCCGUGGAUUGAAGUCAAGUUCGAGGACCCUCGUGAGGGCUUGCUGCAGGUGGUGGCAUCACCCAUGGUGCGCCUGACCAACAAGCUCGAGCUGCCCAUCGAGGAGAUCGGCACCCCAGAGCGCAUCAUAGCGGCGCUCGGCCCGUUCGUGACUGGCGACUCGUACGACCCCGAUGAGGUGGUGGACACGCGCAUUCGCAAGGAGGGCGGCCAGACUUACUAUGAGUACUACAUGGAAACACCCUACGCACGCUCAGGUGCCUACAAUCUGGCGUCUGCCACGGCCAAGGGCAGCACCGUGCUGCUGCUGGUGAUCAGUGCAAACGACAAGCAGUGGGCUUCCGGUGAAGCCAAGCUGAGAAAAAUGCUCAAGUCCUUCAGUCUCAAUCCUCUCUUUCCUCUUCCUUCUCUGAUCUCUCAUACCCCGCUCUCUGUUCACUUCUUCGCACAUCCUCUCUUGUCCUCUGCAGCAGUUCAGAUGAUGAAGGCAGCGAAAGUCGACGACACGGUGAAUCGCAUGACUCACCGCAUGGCACGCCGUCGCAUGCUAAAAUCCGUGUAUGGAGACCAAACACCACCACCAGCGUCCACAGCCUCGCCCUGUGGCGCCUGCCCCACUGGAGCCUCAAACCCGCACGAGCAACUGCACUCACAGACCGCACUGCACCCAUCUCCACCCCACCCCUCAGCCUCGCCCUGUGGCGCCUGUCCCACUGGAGCCACCUGCAAGACCGUGCCUGCGACGGACAACAGUGCGGUGCAGGUGCCUUACUGCUGUUUGAGGCGCCUCAGAAAUCAGACCGCACUGCACCCAUCUCCACCCCUCCCCUCAGCCUCGCCCUGUGGCGCCUGUCCCACUGGAGCCACCUGCAAGACCGUGCCUGAGACGGACACCAGAGAGUUUCAGCCGUCGCUUUGGAUCAACGGCCGGAUUCCGGGGCAGGUGCCUUACUGCGAGUGCCCUCAAGGCUUUGGGAUGACCGCCACCGAAUGCGUUGAGGGUGAGUCUCCACUCUCUCCUCUCCCCACUCUCUCCUCUCCCCACUCUCUCCUCUCCCCACUCUCUCCUCUCCCCACUCUCUCCUCUCCCCACUCUCUCCUCUCGCCACUCUCUCCUCUCCCCGCUCGCCCCACUCCCUCCUCUCCCCACUCACCACCCUUUGUCAUCCCCACCUCGGCCCACUCGCUCCUCUCCCCGCUCUCCAUCCCCCUGCUUCACCUUUCUUCGCUCUGCCAAUCCCACUGA